GAUCUCGCGAGAAGACUAGGCGCCUUUCCUGGCUGUCGGAAGCUGCGGACUUUCUCCAGGCUGUUGCGAUCCCCGGAGCGAUGCCGUCCCCUUUCUCAGUCAGAGCCUUCCCUGUCAGCAUCCCCGCGGUGAUCAUGGAGACAGACUGGACAGAGCCAUGGCUUUGGGGGCUCAUCGUCUUCCACCUGCUGUGUCUGCUUCUCACAUGCUUCUCGUCACAGAGGUAUAAACUACAGAUCGGGCACUUCCUGUGUCUGGUACUGUUGGUCUAUUGUGCUGAGUACAUCAACGAAGUGGCUGCAAUGAAUUGGAGAUUGUUUGCAAAGUAUCAGUAUUUUGACUCCCGGGGAAUGUUCAUUUCUAUUGUGUUCUCCGCACCAUUGCUGUUCAAUGCCAUGGUCAUUGUGAUUAUGUGGGUACGGAAGACGUUGAACGUGAUGACUGACCUGAAGAACUUACAAGAGCAAAGAAAGGAGAGGAAAAGGAGAAGAAAAGAAGAAUAAUGCCUAGCUGCUGCUGCUUCCACAGACCUUGUUUCUCCUCUGGCUCAGUUAUAUCUGGCUGUGAGCUGCACAUGGCCCAGAUGUCUCGACUCACAGCUUGGAAAAAUGGUUCUUCUGUUUUACACUCCACAAAUGGUUCUUACAUUUUAUUCCUUUUGGAGCCCUUGCUAAAGGUGUUUCUUCAAAGAACUAAUGAACUAAUGAGGUCACCUGGACGCAUAUUGACUGUGGACCCAUCCUGUACACAGUGGGAGCUUUCUGAUUCAUCCACAUCCUACACAGCUUUUCACAGUGUGCUGGUAGAUCUCAUGUAACUAGAGUUCGCUCAGUUGUGCGUGUGGAAACUGAGAAAUAAAUAGUGCCAUCCCUCCGUGGCACCACUACCAGCCCACUCUUCUGUUUCUAGCCUGCAGUGGCUCUCAGCUAAGGCUGGUUUUGUUUCCCAGGGAUUUGGUCACACUUGUCACCACAGGUGGACAUGUACUUGUUGGAGAGAGCCUCGGGUGCUGAAAUCCUACAGGGCACAGGACAGCCCCACCAUGGAGUAUUGUUCUGUGCAUAAUGUCAGCAGGACCCAGCUGAGGGACCUGUGGGGGCAGCUCUGGGGAAGAAUGCGGUGUGGAUCAGUUCCCAUGAAGCUAGGCCUCUAAAUAAUUGAGUUGGGGCUCUGCCACUGGAAAUGUUUUGUUUGAAAAUAUUAAGCCAGAAUAAAAGCUGUGAAGUCAAGAUUCCAUGGAAAAUAGUAUGUCAAAUGAGCCAUUUGGUUUUGUUUUUUCUGGAUACAGAAGUAUAAGUACCUGCAUACUCAGUGAAUGACUUAGCUGUUUCUACCCAGACUGUAACAAGUGCAGGCUAGUUCUUCCUGGGUGUCACAUCUUAUGCAGUUGGGGGCUGGUGAGCACAGAGCAGGGCACAUUGUUACCUGUGCUCCUGUUUUGUCAAACACCCCUAGUUUCUCUGGAAUCUGAAGUAAUAAAUCUGCAGAGAUUACAAGUGACUGAAGACCGAAACUUAGAAACAGUGCUUAGUCCCAGGAAUACUGUAGACUCUUGACUUUAGUUUAAUGAAAUAAUUUGUGAAUUAUUUUCUCUAUCUAGUAGGAUUUUUUCCCUUCCUAAAUGAAACAUUCUUCAAAGUUCAAAAAUCUUGAUAAAAGUAUUUAAAAGGUAGUUUGAUAGAUUACAGUUAAGUUCUGAAACACAGAUACAUAGUUUUAAAUGUUUAUCCAGCUUCAGACUUUAAGAGAAAGCCUGUUGACUGAACUGUGAUAAUCUCCUAUUCCUAAGGUAUGAGUUUGUGGCUCCUAUUGCAGCAUAUAACCUGAAUUGUGUUCUCAGUGUCUUGAUUUGUUCCUGUCAUACACUGCACAAAAAAAGUGCCAAAGAAAAUAACAGUGUAGUAAGUCAAAUGUUAAGUUUAAAAUUGUACUGUUCCGUCAAGGACACAGUAUCUAGGGGUAAUCUAAUUGUUUGUCUGGUUCAGGGCGUUUAAUCGUUUUUUGGUUUCCAAGGUGCUCACUAUAACAUUGAUUAGUUUCACAGAAAAUAAGAACAAAUUAGUCAGAUAAAUAUGAAACAGUGGUUUGCCAGCUAGGAGUUAAGCUCAUCGACCAGCUCUCUUAUCCCCAGGCCUUGGCAGCUGAGGCAAGCACUACAGAACGGGUCAAGGAGUGGUUGAGAUGGCUGAGCUCUGGCCUACGUGGACAGUAACACCUCAGACUUUGUAUAACUGUGAUCUUGACUUGGGCUUUCACGCCCUGGGUCUGCACGUGUGACUAUGAAUGCACAUGUGCUUAGUUUUAAAUGAUUUUUUUCUAGAAGGAAGGUUCUGGAUUAGAGAGAUGGCUCAGUUGGUACUUUGCAUUUACACAUGGAGACCUGAGUUGGAUCCGUAGAACUCACUUAAAGUUUUUGCAGAGUAACAUGCACUUGCAGUCUCAGUACUGGAGAAGUGGAGACAGACAGAUGCCUGGAGCAUCCUGGCCGGCCAGCCUAGCCGACUUGGCAAGCUCUAAGCCAGAGAGACUGUCUCAGAAAUGAGAUAGGGACUUAUGAAAUGGCUCAGUGGGUAAGGGUGGUUGCUGCCAAACAUAACAAUACAAGUGCAGUUCCUGGAAAACUUACUUGAUGGAAGGACCAAACCAACAAGGCAUCCUCAGACUGUAUAUGCACACAGAUAGAUAGAUAGAUGUUUAAAGAACUUGGUCAGUCAUUCCUGAGGUUGUCCUCUGGCUUUCACAUGUGCAUGUGUGCACAUUGGUACACACAUAACACAUACAAAUGUUUUGUAUUUUCUGAAACUCAGUGGCUAAAAUUCUACUUUGAGGAACUGUCUUAAUAUUUUGUCCUUAUAUUAAGGAAAGUCCUGAAAGCCAGAAUUAUGAACAAGCAAUUGGGUUUAGUGCUGCCUUGAAGAGUUUAGAGAUUUGACCAGUGUUGUGUUUACAUUUCUGUAAUGGAAGGUUUACAGGCAAUCUGAUAGACCUAAUGAAACAUUCUUACUCUCUAGUUAUGGAAAACAGAGAAAAGGCCUGUAACAACCAUUUUACACAUUCCAGCCAAUGAAACCUUAUGUUUGUUGAUUACUGUGCAUUAAUAUACAAUAAAAUGUUUGAUAAUAUACAAU